AUGGGCGCGCCCGACAUGGAGACCCAACAGCAACCCGCUAUUCCGGCCGAGGCCAGCCGCGAGAAGAUGAUGCGCACCCGGUCAUUGUCCGAAGUCGCGCGCAUCGAUGGUGACGUGGUGAACACUGUGUACCAGAAGAGGCUGACUAAGAUCAAGACACUGCUCAGUGCGCGUUCGACUGAGACGGACGCUUCGUUCCACAAGGACAUUGCGCUGAGCAAGAACAUUGCGCUAUGCAUCAACGCCGCAACCGAAGACACCUGGCGGAAGGCACGACUUGCACACGAUAUGGCAGCAUCCUCGAAUUCGACAACCAGCUCCCCCAGCGGCAGCGCAAAGUCGAGUUCUGGGCCGGACAGCGACGACGAAUGCGGCGCGAGCCCCGACACUGAUCGUACUUCGCACUCUGGUAGCGACGAUGGCAAGACCGCACGGAAGCUUUGUCAGGCAUUGAUGGUCACUGGCGGGCGGUAUGGGAAUUUACAAGACGAUCUCCGCGACGCAAAAGACGCUCAAUACCAAGCCCUCAAGCAGAAGUACGCCGAGCAGCGGGAGCAGCGCCUGAACGACAAGCGAUUGGUAGAUGAAUGGUCCCAGGAAGUCGCCGACAUGGAAGCCUAUUGCCAACAGCUUGAAGAGACGAACAGAGACCUGCAGGACCGUUUCGUUGAGGCGACUGAGAAGCACCAAGCGGAGAUCAAGGCCAAGGAUCUGGAAACGGCGACGUUGAAGGCAGAUCACGACCUGGCCAUCGCAGACCAGCGUGAAGAAACCGAGAAGUGGCACCAAGAAUGCCUGCGGAAAGAUUCCACGUUCCAGAAGACGGUCGAAAAGGUGACCGCUGAGCGUGAAGACAUAAAGAGGAAGGCCAAUCUUGAGAAGAGGAAGAUUCUCAAGACAAACAGGGUCAAGAUUGACGAUCUGAAAAGCAAGAACGAAGUAUUGGAGAUGAAGAACAGUCGUAUAGUAGCUGAAUACUACGACGCCAUGUCUCAGCAAGAGGAGACCAUCAUCAGCCUCAAGGCUCGAAACCAGCAGUUCGAGAAAGAGCACGAAACCAUGUCGCAGAUGCUACUCCAGAAGUUCCCAACCGGAAGUGAGCUUCGGCGUGUGUUGGAGGCAGAUGUUGCUGGUAAAGAAGAAGCAGCGGAUCUUCGGGCGGAAGUGCAGCGAUUGAGGACGCACGACGAAAACCUGCUCGAUACAAUCCAAAAUACCGAGACGAACGUCACGCGACACCGAGAGGCCGAACAGGACAUGCGGGCGGAGUUGAACCGCUCCCAGAAGAAUGUACAUCUGCUCGAUGACAAACUGGCGCUGAAGAAGGACCAAAUCCGGGACUUGGCCAAACAACUCGAACAAGUACAGCAUGGCAAUGUUGUACCCGGCGCUCAUUGUGCAGCUCUCGAUGCGAUCGAUCUCGAAAAUGAGCAACUGCGCAACUCUCUCCAAGCCGAGCGUGACGAGAAGUUGGAUGUGCAAGCCAAGCUUGAUAAGCUUGACAGCGAUCACCUCAAAGUCUCCAUCGAACAUGACGUCUUAGAAGCCAAGCUUAUUGAGGAGGAGAAGUCCCAUAGCAAGCUUGGCAAAAGCACAGAAGCGAUGAUGCACGAGCUGAACAUGCUCCGCAAGGUAGCCAAAAGCCGUCUAGGUGCUCUCGGUGAGCAAGACCAGUGCGAGCUGCUGAAUCUGGUGAGCGGGACCGCCGCAACAAGCCAGAGCCUCAUCGACACAAACGCGCAGCUACAGGAUAAACUCCAGGAGAUCGAGCAGUGGAGCAAGACCAUCGUCGAUAAGUGCGAGAGCGACGUUAUGAUCGCGAACAGCGACGUAAAUUAUUGGUACCACCUCUUCUUCAACGAAGCCGUCCUAACGACCGAGCGCUUGCACAACGAGAUCGCCGCCCUCAAAGCGGAGAAGGGUGAGCAACAUUUCGUCGAGCCGGCUCCGUCCGCCAACCCCGAGGUCCAUGAUCGGAAGACGCUGGCAUUUGCUAUGGCACAUGGGCUUCAGGGUGUUCCGCCGGAGCUGAUCUCUGCGACCUACUACGACUCUACGUCCGGAGUGUGUUUGUCGCCUACUGAAGCCGCGUUGAAAGCACUGAGACCACAGGGAUGGUACCCCAUCUACAUUGCGGGUAAAGUGUGGUUGUCAAAGAUGGUAGCGCCACUCUUCGAGGAGCAGGCUGCGAUGCGCAUUGAGGCUGGCGAUCACAACGCGAGUCAGGGUAGCGCUGGCUCUGCGCGAUCCUCAGUGAGCAACACGUACGCGCCACGGAACGCCGACUUCGCCACCACGUCCGAUGCUCACAACAAUGUACCGGACAAUGCGUCGGAUUCAAGGACGCCGUUGCUGACGCGCGCAUCGAGCAGACGAACGCACAGUCCCAUCACCCCCGAACGCGACGACCGAACGUCAAUCCCAACGCAGGCACGGAAGGCGAAACGUCAAGUGGUACGCCGGGUUGCGCGGAGCCGCCUCGUCGAAGUAUCGCAGAUACCAGAAUAUCAAUCGUCGUGGCAGCAGAUUGAUGGAAGGAUGACGCGUGAAGCGUGGGAGGGCAUGGACGAGGAGGUCAGGAGCCACUGGGCCACGGAAUACCUCAGGAUUGGAGACGACUAA